GAGUUUGAUGCGGGAUGUGCGGGGCUAGUUUCCGCCGAUCGCUGUGGAGCAGGGGGCUCUGCGGGGUAGUGGGCGAGCGGCAUCUACAGACCCACCCCCGGGAUGGUCUGCCUGGCCGCUUCGAUGGCUCCGAGUUGGAGGAACCCUGGCGAGGGCAGGGGUUAAACCCUCUCUAUUGAUUAUUGUAGAGCUAGAGGAACUAGUUCUGUGGGUCACAGUCACCCCGCCCGUCCCUUGACAGACCUUGUGCAUAGGAGCAGUGCAGGGAAAGCUGAAGAAGGGACCCAUAAGCCGAGACCUAAAGCGUGAUAGGAGGCAAGAGUAUUUUAAACAGAGGCGAAGUACUGUGAUGGAAGUCAAAGGGAAGAAAAAAAUUACAGGAAAGAGUCCACAGACAUCACAAGGAAAGAAUAAAUUUCAUAAAAACAGUGAGUCUAGUUCUGCAAAGGCAUUCCCAAGGAAAGCUGCUAAGGAAGGCGGGCCUAAAGUCACAUCUAAGAACUUUGAGAAAGGUGCCACAAAACCUGGCAAGAAGCGUGUGAAGCAGUUCAAGAACAAGCCACAAGGGGGCAAAGGACCGAAGGACAAAUUCCAGAAGGCAAAUAAAUUCAACAAGAAGCGGAAAUUCCAGCCAGAUGGGAAAAGUGAUGAAUCAGCAGCCAAGAAACCCAAGUGGGAUGACUUCAAAAAGAAGAAGAAAGAGCUGAAGCAGAACAGACAGCUCAGUGAUAAGACCAAUUACGACGUCGUGGUUCGAGCAAAGCACAUUUGGGAGAGCUUGAGAAGAAAAGACUGUGACAAAGAAAAAAGGGUGAAGCUCAUGAGUGAUUUGCAGAAGCUGAUUCAAGGAAAAAUUAAAACUAUUGCCUUUGCGCAUGACUCAACUCGAGUGAUCCAGUGCCUCAUUCAGUAUGGGAGCGAGGAGCAGAGGAAGUGGGCUUUCGAAGAAUUGCAAGGUGACUUGGUUGAAUUAAGUAAAGCCAAAUAUUCCAGGAAUAUCGUUAAGAAAUUUCUCAUGUAUGGAAGUAAACCACAGAUUGCGGAGAUAAUCAGAAGUUUUAAAGGUCAUGUGAGGAAGAUGCUGCGGCAUUCAGAGGCAUCGGCCAUUGUGGAGUAUGCGUACAACGACAAAGCCAUUUUGGAACAGAGGAACAUGCUGACAGAGGAGCUCUAUGGGAACACAUUUCAGCUUUACAAGUCAGCAGAUCACCCAACGCUGGAAAAGGUGCUAGAGGUGCAGCCAGGGAAGCUAGAACUUAUCCUGGAUGAGAUGAAGCAGAUUCUGACUCCCAUGGCCCAAAAGGAAGCUGUGAUUAAGCACUCACUGGUUCAUAAAGUAUUCUUGGACUUUUUUACCUAUGCACCCCCAAAACUUCGAUCAGAACUAAUUGAAGCCAUCCGGGAAGCAGUGGUGUACCUGGCCCACACACACGAUGGCGCCAGAGUGGCCAUGCAUUGCUUGUGGCAUGGUACACCCAAGGACAGGAAAGUGAUUGUGAAAACAAUGAAGACGUAUGUGGAGAAGAUUGCUAAUGGCCAGUACUCUCACCUGGUUCUCCUGGCAGCGUUCGAUUGUAUUGAUGAUACCAAGCUUGUGAAGCAGAUAAUCAUAUCAGAAGUCAUCAGCUCCUUGCCCAGCAUCGUUAAUGACAAAUAUGGAAGGAAAGUGCUGCUGUACCUGCUGAGCCCCCGAGCCCCCGCCCACUUGGUGCCAGAGAUCAUCCAGCUGCUGCAGAAGGGCGACGGCAAUGCACACAGUAAGAAGGACACUGCAAUCCGCCGGCGUGAGCUCUUGGAGUCCAUCUCUCCAGCUUUGCUGAGCUACCUGCAAGGACACACUCGGGAGGUGGUGCUGGACAAGUCCGUGUGUGUGCUGGUGUCUGACAUCCUGGGAUCUGCUACUGGGGACGCUCAGCCUGCUAUGGAUGCCAUCGCCGGUUUGGCAGCAGAGGAACUGUAUCCUGGGGGCAAGGACGGAGAGCUCCACAUUGCUGAGCAUCCUGCAGGACAUCUGGUCCUCAAAUGGUUAAUAGAGCAAGAUAAAAAGAUAAAAGAAAAUGGAAAAGAAGGUUGUUUUGCAAAAACCCUUGUAGAGUGCGUUGGUAUGAAGAACCUCAAGUCCUGGGCCAGCAUCAACCGAGGAGCCAUCGUUCUUUCCAGCCUUCUUCAGAGUUGUGACCAGGACGUUGUAAACAAAGUCAAAGCUGGACUGAAAACCCUGAUUCCUACCUUGGAAAAAACCAAAAGCACCAGCAAAGGCAUCCAGACUCUGCUUGAGAAGUUGACUGCAUAGGCGCGCCAGAUGAGCAAGCUGGAACCCGCUUCCCGAGGGGAAGGGUGGAAUCUGUCACACUCAUAACUGGAUGCCCUAUGCAUGUACUUGUUAAAGGACCUAUUUAUAUAUAAAAUUGUAAAAGAGAUAUUUGGUUUAAUGUCAACUGUCUGAUCUGUCGGACUGAGUACUACACAGUUCGAGGUAUGACCGAUGCAGAAGGGUUAGCAGUCAGACUGGUAAGGUGGGCCCAGAUGUGUGCUCCGUGGUUGAAUGGCUUGAUUCAGGAAAGGAGACGGGUGUGAUCUGAGAAGACUUCCUGGAGUAGGUGGAUUUAGAGGAAUGUUAUAACAAAGAAGGAAGGACAUGAAAAGGUCAAGCUGAGUGUGUAUAGUGGGAGCUGUAAUGUGAUCUGAACUCCAGGAGGCCUGUGGCCAGGGCAGCCUGCGUUACUGCUUCAGCUACUGCGCAGACUGAGCUCCAUCAGGUUUGCUUUGAAAGCUGCUCCAAGUCCAGCGCAUGAGCGAAGUGUGUUACAGGAAUUAGGAGAUCAUGGGUUCUCUGCUGGGAAACUCUCCUAUCAUUGUAUUUGGGCCUUCGGGGUAAAUACCUUCCAAGGUACAGUCCCUAAAAUAGCCAUAGCCCAUAGUGUGACAAAGGGGGGUUGGGGCUGUGGAAAUAUGUUAGAGUGUAGAGGUUUGAGUGCAAGUAAGUUGUUUGGACUUUAAAAGUACAGUUGGCUUUCAGCAGCAAAGCUGGAGAUCUGUAGAUCACAAGAGCUCAUGUAGCAGGCGUUUUUAGUACAGAGGCCUGUCCUUGCUGCUCUGGGUGUCUGAGGAUGUAAUGAGGCAGCCAUCUGGUCUGUAAGUGCUUAGGCCGUCUGGGAAAUUGGCUAUCCUGACUUCAAGGUCCCAGGACUACUAAAUCAGCUUCUGGGCCUUUCCCGUUCUCUCAUGCUGGGGUAUGUAGUAAGCCCUUUCCAAAGGCUUGACUCCUGCCUCUGUUGGUUGGAUCCUCAAGGAAGAUGACCAUGGAGUGAGGAGGAAAAUGGGGGAAAGACAGUUUGCUUUGUUUCUGUAUGAUUAGCAUAUCAUGGUUUGGGUCUGAGUUCUCCAUAGAAAGGACCAUUUGGAGAGAUUAGAGGGGGGUGCUACAUGUUUAAUCUUUAAAAGUGAAAAGAUAAACACGUCUGUAGCAGGAAAUAACUAAAAAUGCACCAUUCCACACUAAUGCUGGCUACUCUCUCACCCUGGUGGUCUCAGUGCCUCCAUGGCCAGCCCCAAGCAGCGACUACCCGUCUCGCAGUUCUCCUGCUGGGGAUCCUGGUCACAUUCCCAGCCAUCUACCCCCUGUGUUUAGCUGUCACAAGUCCCCAUAACCUGGGAUAAUCCAAACUCUAGAGGCUUGUAAUUUAUCAGUCAGAUUUAUAUUAUUAAAUUCUCGGCCCAUAAAACACCCACACAAAGAACUCAAAGCUCAGUUGAUAUAAACACAAGAUAUACACCUAGCUGGGGCAAACACGCCCUACUUAUCGCUUAAUCAUUUAUCUAAGAAAUCCCCAAUACUUACGGCUUCCUGGACUAUGGUUCUGGCUCCUCUUCCUCUCCUAUAGGUUCCUUCUCCAUCUCCCCUGUCUCUGUCCCUUUGUACUCAUCUCUAAAACUCUCCGCCCGCCUUCCGUUUCCACUGCCCAAUCAUAGGCUCCCGCCUUAUCUCAUGCCUGCCUUCCGCUGCGGGCAGACAGAAAUCUACACAUGUACAUAACUUGCUUGUAGGAAAAGCAGCCAUUUCUUACAAGCACUAACUCACGCUCUCCAUAAUGAUUAGAGUUCUUAGCUCUGGUGGAUUUCUAAACGUAAUCUUGAAUGUAUGUUUUUUAAUAUAUACGGUUUUUUGUAUUUGGAUAUAUACAUUUUAGAUGGGGCUUCAUACUGCAGGAAAUACUUGCUGAGAGCUUAACAUUCUGUUGUCCCCUUUUAUGCAGUACACUGCAUCUGUGAUAAAAGGGGUCUACAUAAAUUGUUGACUAUUGAAUUAUGACAUACCAUUUUUCUCACCAGAGUUACGUAAACAUACCUCUUACGUUGCAUGGCUCCAACCCUACAGCCAUUUCCUCUUCUGUGUGCCUGGUGUGAUUCCCCAAAGCUGUUCUGGUAUCUGCUUAAGGUGCACCAUCAGUGUCUCCUACCUGAUGUGUCUCAUGUGGGUCACAGAUGUACAAUUACUCACCAGCCAUAUGCAUAUUCCUUUUAUUCUUAGGAAGAAGAGCAGUGGUGGGUUCAGGAAGAGUGGAUUUACUUGGGAGUGCUUGUGAGAAUCCAAAUCUCCACUGUGGACUGUGGUCCUGAGGGUGGGAUGUUUGGAGUUUGUUACCUUGCCACUAUAAGGAAACACAGUAGACAUGCUGCUGAGUAGGCUGAAAAAGGUCAAGAGUUGAGAACUGUCAUGAUUUUGAGCUGCUGCAUAAGUCAAACAGCUGUGUUAGCCUUGAACUCCUGAUGACAAGGGAAAGCAGACCUUCAUUCUCAUUUACAUUCAUUUCACUGUAAAUUGGAUCUUUAGAAAUUUGCAGCCCAAUGAGCUAACCUGGCUCUGAAUACCAUUAGUUUUGCACACUGCCCAACACUUGAGGUCCCAUCUCCUGGAGACUCUUGUGGCUUUCUGAAUGUCCUCAGAAUUGCAUGCCUUGCCCCUUCAUCUCCUGUGGAAAGCCCAUUUCUCUUAUUUCUUCUUGCUUAACACUCUUACCUAAAUGAGUGAUAGCCUUUAUUAGACUUCCUGUGAAACAGUGCAUGUGAAGUCAAAUAGAGUGCUGGCAAAUCUGAGACUGUACUCUGACUUGUAGACAGUUUAGCUGGGUAUAGAAUUCGUUAUUUACACACAUACACACAUAAAUUUCAUCAUAGAAUUUGGAAGUAUUAAUCUUGUCUGUAGUAUGUAAAGUUGCAACAUAAGCCUAGUGACACUUUGAUACUUUAUAGGUAGUCUUUGGGGUGAUAUAAGAGAUAAACAUUUGAAGGUCUGUGUCUUCAUUCCCUGUCCCUUUUUUCUUGAUAUUCCUUUUAGGAAUUCUUGUUUAUUUGUACUUUAAUUAUGAGUCUAUCAUUUAACCAUUCAAUUCCCCCAACUGUGAAUGUUGCCUUUUUCUCCCCUUGUUUUUAUCUCUGGCUUUUUUUAUGAGUUAUUUCACACACACAUACACACACACACACACACACACACACCAGCCCCCACUCCAACCCCUUGUGAGAUGUCUUCCUUUUUUCUAGGGUAUGAUAUCUCUGUGUCUCCAAGUGCUGGCUGUAUUUGUGGUGGAUGCUUUUGUUUUACCACUUCUCUAUAUGGUCUAUUUUGGACACUCUCCUUUCUCCAUACAUACCACAGACACUUGAGACCAUGAGAAGAAGGCAGCCUGUUGUCUUUGCUGUCACUGCACUAUGGGUGAUGGGGUACCAUUCUGGUAUUUCACUGAGGUCUUCCAGAUGUCAUAGUCAGGGCCUUUUGCCUGGGACCCUGCUGUGCCUCCUGGACCACUAAACCAGCCACCUGUAACCUGCACCAGAUUACCAGGCAUUGUGCUUUUAGAGGGCCAAUUUUGGGUCCCAAUAGUUUUUCUCCCUCUGGCACCUCCCAGUAUUGAGCAUUUGGAACAAACUGUAACCCACAAGAUCUAAAGUAGGGAAGGAGUGGAUAACCAGUUGAGCUGGUUUGUAUGAAUGUAAACCGUUACUCUUAGGUCUAGAUUGUACAUGGAAGGAACAGAGCUGAUGUUUCAGUUUGUAAACUCUUCCUAAAAGACUUACUUUCUUCCAUGGAUGGAUAAGCUUAAAGGCCUUGAGAGUUUAUAUAAUCAGACCUCACAACACAGCACAUCGACUCCCAGCCCAUUCUAGUAGUCAAGCAGUGCCCACGAAGGGGUGCCUAUUACUUCCAGUCUUAUGUAAUAGGCAUUUGCAUAAUGGGUAAGGGGCUCAGAAUACAUGACUUCUUUUGUUUGCUUUUUGUUUUUUUCAAGUCUUGCUAUGUAGCUCUGGCUGUUUUGAAAUUCACUGUGUAGACCAGACUAGCCUCAAACUCAGAGCUCUUACUGCCUCUGCCUCCAGGGUGCUGCAGUCAAAGGUGUGCACCACUGCAUCCCGCUGAGGACUCAGUUUCUUGCAUGACCAAACUCAAGGCUGGAGUUAGCAUUUCUUUUUAUAUUUCAGUGAAAUCUUAUAAAGAUCAUAUCUUAAUUAGAGCAAGCUGAUCUCAUCUAAUAGUAAAUCUUGGGCCAGCAAAAUGGCUCAGUGUCCCUGCAACCAAAUCUAACAAUCGGAGUUUGUUUUCUGGGACUCGCUUGGUGGAAGGAGAAAACCAACCCCCCAGACUGUCCUGUAACCUCUGUGCGUGCACUGUAACAUGGCUACACGCACACUAAAUGAGUGUAAAACUUUGUAAGUUAAACUUUGCAGAGGCGUGUGUAUGUUUGAGUUGAGGACAAUGGCGACAUCACUGGAACAUGAAGAAGGCUGACUUGUGUGAGCAUGUCUGUAAUCCCAGCACUUGGAAAGCUUUGGCAGUAGGGUCAUGAAUUUGAAGCCAGCCCAGGCUAAAAUAAAUAAAAGAGUAAAACAUGAA